GCAAACCAAGAUGGCGGCUGUUGUUGAAAAUGUUGUGAAACUGUAAGUACUGUUCUUUUCCACCUAGUUAAAGUACGCGGAUGUGUUUUACGUUUAAAUAUAAUAAAGGUCGGUGAUAACACAAACAUUUACAUUUAUAUGUUAUGGUAAAUUGCCGAAGAUGUUCUGUAAAGGAACCGAGUAACUCAGUUAUCAAACUGAGUAGUUGAGCUUUGCUGACUGUAGGAAAUGGCUAGCCUGGAGUGUAAUCAUUACGCCGAUUCUCUUGCGAAACGUUUUCUCUGUUGCAACAGUAACCGUUUACUCCAAACGGAAAACGCAAACGAGAGUUUAUAUUGGACAAAUUCAGGUAGGUCCCUCCCCCGUUUCAUUUGCUCUCGUUUGGUUCUUAAAUGGUAAACGUUAUCCGUAAUGAAUAAACCCCAGCUAGCUAGCAAGCUGUGUCAGUCAGUGUGUCAACACUCAUCAAUUAGCUAUGUCAACAGUUUUUUUUAAAACUAAAUUGUUAAUGAACACAUUGAAAGGAACCAAAUCUCACCAUUAUAUAAUCAAACGUCGGGCACAAGUUAACAAAUGUACAUGAAGAACUGCUGUCAUUGUGGUAGCUAGCUAAUGUUGCUACCUAACUAGCCAAAUGAUUGUAAACUAGAUAGCUAGCGUGUCACUAUCCCAGUUUACUCUUACCGUGGAUGUGUUUUCAAACUCCCCUUGGAAUUAGUCGGAUUACGCGGAUAGGGAUUUGCGGAUAUCCAGUUGGCAACUUGGUUGUUACGUUUAGCUACUUAGUUGGAGUGCACAGAGGCUGUUGUUGUUUUAGAAUGUAACGUUAGGCCUACUAGUUAGAAAUUAGUCCAGGUCUUGUUGUACAAUCAGCGUUCUGAAUUUAUCUGCUGAAACCGUCUGCAGAUGUGUUCCUGGCAUGCUUUUAUGUGGAAUGCAUGUUUUGUUGAGCUUUCCAACAGGAAAUCCAUGUGUCACCACAAUGCAUUAGUCACUAUAAAGGAAAUGUCCUUGGGGCAGUGUUAAAAAUAACUUUUGCCGAAGGAGUUCGGUAAUAUUAAUUAGAUGUGGUUUUCUUCAAGACAAAAUUCUACCAAUUUCAAAAAAUUAUCAUGGAACAAAUGUAGUUUCUAACACGAACAGUUAUUAGGCAUCUUUUCCUGAAGCCUUUGUAUCACUUUGCCUAAAAUUGAUUUAAGAUGAUAGUACUACGAAGCUUUCAGGACACUCCACAGAGCAUUUAGGUAAGUAAAAAAACGGGUUUCACUCAUGAUUCGUGUUGAAAAUCUGAACCAGCAGAGUCUGCGCUCCAUACCAGGCAGACCGCUGUUGCCAAGCCAACAAAAGAGCACCUGCUGACACAGUCCAGGGACACAAUUACAUAGUUUGCUUGCCUACUGCACCGAGGUGCCAGGAUAAAAGUGACAAAAAGGUUUUUAGCUGAGGCUGUGAUAAAGGCUUUGAAGUUAAUUAUUUUAAGCCUCUUUUACAGCAUAGUAGAGAGGUAGCCUAGAAUUCAGACAGCAUGAUUUGGCUUAAAGAGAUGGUAGGACCACAUACCACACCUACCCCCUAUGGUAGAGAUACACACCAGGUACUGUCAGUUGUUGAACUAAUGUAUGAAUGUAUCAUUCUUAUCACAGUAUACACAGGCAGUCUGUUUCCUAGUGCUAACUUGUCCCUGGCUGCUCCUCUCUGUGUGUGGGUGCAGGCUGGGAGAGCAGUACUACAGAGACGCCAUGGAGCAAUGCCAUAACUACAACGCCCGGCUAUGUGCCGAGAGGAGUGUUCGAAUGCCCUUCCUGGACUCUCAGACUGGAGUGGCGCAGAGCAACUGUUACAUUUGGAUGGAGAAGAGACACAGGGGACCAGGUUAGAGAUACAGUACACAUACACACAAACUGAAGUCACAUAUGAUUUUGCUUUCAGAACUACUGAGUUCACAGCUUCGAGUAGUAGGCUGUGUCAUUCAUCACCUUCUCAUGUUCUGGAGAUGAGAACAAAAGAGAGCCCUGUAGUUCAAGCCCUCAGGAGAACUUCGGUUCACCUAUGUAAGCUGAAACAUUAAACAAAGUAUUUUAGAUGUAAAGUGACAGUUAAUGCCUUUUGAUAGGUCCACAUUAAAGUCUAGAACGUAUUUAGUUAUAAGUGCACUUCAAAUCAAAUUUUAAUUGUCACAUGCUUCGUAAACAACAGCUAUAGACUAACAGUGAAAUGCUUACUUACGAGCCCUUCCCAACAAUGCAGUAUACAAUUUUAAAAAAGUAUAGAGAAAAAAUAGAGCUCAGGAGCAGGUUUUCAUCAAGGAUCUCUCUGUACUUUGCUCCGUUCAUCUUUACCUCGAUCUUGACUAGUCUCCCAGUCCCUGCCGCUGAAAAACAUCCCCACAGCAUGAUGCUGCCACCACCAUGCUUCACCGUAGGGAUGGUGCCAGGUUUCCUCCAGACGUGACGCUUGGCAUUCAGGCCAAAUAGUUCAAUCUUGGUUUAAUCAGACCAGAGAGUCUUGUUUCUCAUGGUCUGAGAGUCCUUCUGUGGCUUCUGUCUGGCCACUCUAACAUAAAGGCCUGAUUGGUGGAGUGCUGCAGAGAUGGUUGUCCUUCUGGAAGGUUCUCCCAUCUCCACAGUGGAACUCGGGAGCUCUGUCAUUGACCAUCGGGUUCUUGGUCACGUCCCUGACCAAGGCCCUUCUCCCCCGAUUGCUCAGCUUGGCCGGGCGGCCAGCUCUAGGAAGAGUCUUGGUAGUUCCAAACUUCUUCCAUUUAAGAAUGAUUGAGUCCACUAUGUUCUUUUGACCUUCUAUGCUACAGACAUGUUUUGGUACCCUUCCCCAGAUCUGUGCCUCGACACAAUCCUGUCUCGGAGCUCUACGGACAAUUCCUUCGACCUCAUGGCUUGGUUUUUGCUCUGACAUGCAUUGUCAGCUGUUUGACCUUAUAUAGACACGUGUGUGCCUUACCAAAUCAUGUCCAAUCAAUUGAAUUUACCACAGGUGGACUCCAAUCAAGUUGUAGAAACAUCUCAAGGAUGAUCAAUGAAAACAGGAUGCACCUGAGCUCAAUUUCGAAUCUCAUAGCAAAGGUUCUGAAUACUUAUGUAAAUAAGGUAUUUCAUUGUUUUAUUUUUAAUACAUUUGCAAACAUUUCUAAAAAACUUUUUUCACUUUGUCAUUAUGGGGUAUUGUGUGUCGAUUGAUGAGGGGAAAAAAUAAUUUAAUCAAUUUUAGAAUAAGGCUGUAAUGUAACAAUUUGGAAAAAGUCAAGGGGUCUGAAUACUUUCCGAAUGCGCUGUAUGUGUGAGUGUGUGGGUGGACUCCAGUGUGUGUGCAUAAAGUCAAAAAGAGUUAGUGCAAAAAGGGUCAAUGCAGAUAGUCCGGGUAGCUAUUUGGUUAAAAAUGCUCUUGCAGAAAUCGCUCCGCCAAAUCCUGGUUGCUACAAUUCUAAUAAUUUCAGUUUAUGUGACCAAACAAGCAAGUAUAGUGUAGAGAAUCAUUGUACCAUCUAAAUCGCUGUCAAAUAUAUUUUCCAUAACUAAAAAUAUUGUAUUUUCAGCUAUUUGAAGCUGCUGUACAAAACCGAAAGUAAAAGAUGCAAAAAUGAAACUUAAGAACAGGAAGCAUAGUAAUAGCGCACAUAGAACAGAUCUACUGCGUCUUAGACUUGCUUUCAAUGAGAAUGACAGAUCUAUAACACACAUUUCUAUGUGAAUUUGGUCUGGUCGCCCAAAAAGUUACAUAUUGCAGCUUUAACUAUUAAGCAGUCUUAUAGCUUGUGGGUAGAAGAUGUUCAGGAUCCUUUUGGUCCCAGAAUUAGGGCUCCGGUAAUGCCUGCAUUGCGGUAGCAGAAAGAACAGUCUAUGACUUGGGUGGCUGGUGUCUUUGACAAUUUUUAGGACCUUCCUCUGACACCGCCUGGUAUAGAGGUCCUGGAUGGCAGGGAGUUUGGCCGCAGUGAUGUACUAGGCCGUAUGCACUACCCUCUGUAGUGCCUUGCGGUCGGAUGCCGAGCAGUUGCCAUACCACGCGGUGAUGCAGCCAGUCAAGAUGCUCUCAGUGGUUCUUUUUGAGGAUCUGAGGGCCCUUGCCAAAUCUUUUCAGCCUUCUGAGGGUGAAGAGGCAUUGUCAUGCCCUCUUCAUGACUAUGUUGGUGUGUUUGAACCAUGAUAGGACACAGAGGAACUUAAAGCUCUCGACCCGCUUCACUACAGCCCUGUUGAUGUGAAUGGGGGCUUGUUCGGCCCUCCGUUUCCUGUAGCCCACGAUAAGCGCCUUUGUCUUUCCCACAUUGAGGGAUAGGUUGUUGUCCUGGCACCACACUGCAAGGUUUCUGAUGUCCUCACUAUAGGCUGUCUCAUCGUCGUUGGUGAUCAGGACCACCACAAACUUGAUAAUGGUGUAGGGAGUCGUGGGUGAACAGGGAGUACAGGAGGGGAGUAAGCACACACCCUUGAGGGGCGCCCGUGUUGAGGGUCAGCAUGGCAUAUGUGUUGUUGCCUACCCUUACCACCUGGGGGCGGCCCAUCAGGAAGUCCAGGCUCCAGUUGCAGAGGGAGGUGUUCAGCCCAGGGACCUUAGCUUAGUGAUGAGCUUGGAGGGCACUAUGGUGUUGAACGUGGAGCGGUAGUCUAUGAACAGCAUUCUCACGUAGGUGUUCCUUUUGUCCAGGUGGGAAAGGGCAGUGUGGAGUGCAAUAGAGAUUGCGUCAUCUGUGGAUCUGUUUGUGCAGUAUGCGUAUUGUAGUGGGUCCAGGAUUUCUGGGAUUAUGGUGUAGAUGUGAGCCAUGACCAGCCUUUCAAAUAAUUUCAUUGCUACAGAUGUCAGUGUUACGGGGCGGUAGUCAUUUAGAAAGAUUACCUUGGCGUUCUUGGGCACAGGGACUAUGGUGGUCUGCUUGAAACAUGUAGGUAUUACAAACUGGGUCAGGGAGAGGUUGAAAAUGUCAGUGAAGAUACUUGCCAGCUGGUCAGCGCAUGCUCUGAGUACAUGUCCUGGUAAUCCGCCUGGCCCUGCGGCCUUGUGAAUGUUAACCUGUUUAAAGGUCUUACUCACAUCGGCUACGGAGAGUGUGAUCAUACAGUCGUCGGGAACAGCUGGUGCUCUCACCCACGGUUCAGUGUUGCUUGACUCGGAGCAAGCAUAGAAGGCAUUUAGCUCGUCUGGUAGGCUCGCGUCACUGGGCAGCUCUCGGCUGGGUUUCCCUUUCUAAUCCGUGAUAGUUUGCAAGCGCUGCCAUAUCCAACGAGCGUCAGAGCCGGUGUAGUAGGAUUUGAUCUUAGUCCUAUAUUGACGUUUUGCCUGUUUGAUGUUUUGUCGGAGGGUGUAGCGGGAUUUCUUAUAAGCGUCCGGAUUAGUGACCCGCUCCUUGAAAGCUGCAGCUCUAGCCUUUAGCUCAGUGCGGAUGUUUCCUGUAAUCCAUGGCUUCUGGUUUGGAUAUGUACGUACUGUCACUGUUGGGUCUUAGUUGUAUGUUAGUGAGCACCCGAUCUGUCCUCUCUCAGGCGUGGCCCCAGGACAGUUGUACACCUACCCAUCCCGCAGGUGGAGGAAGAAACGACGAGCCCACCCCCCAGAAGAUCCCCGGCUCGUCUUCCCUCCUCUGAAGUCAGGUACGUCCUUAUCAUGGGAUACUGCUCAUCUUAAUAAUACUAAAGCUGUGUUGACAUGUUUGUGUGCCCCUCUGCACAAUUUUUCUGUUUGUUCUUUACUCAUUUGUAAAGGUUGUUUGUGGUUCUCCCUGUCUGUAGAGCUGGACCUGGGGUUGAAGAAGGAUUCCCUGUCAUCAUCUGAUGGCAGCAGUCUGGAGGCCCUUCUGAAGGGAGAACCCCUGGACAAGCGGGGUCCUCCGGAGCUCCGAGGGCCUGAGGAUGAGUCCAGUCUGGCAGACUACACUGAAGGGGCAGUCACCCCUGCAGCACGUGUCAGAAAGGUACCAUAGCCUUCUGUGGUUGGAGGGACCGUGUGUGAUACCUAGCUUGUUUAUUAGUCCUCCAAUGACAUUAGCUACUGCAGUUACAUGCAUUAUUCUGUCUAUACAGAGAGUCCUGGAGCCAGAUGACUUCCUGGAUGACUUGGAAGAUGAGGACUAUGAGGAGGACACCCCGAAAAGAAGAGGCAAAGGAAAGGGAAAGGUGAGAGAAGCUAUUCUAAACAAAUAAUUGUUAGUAAUGUUAAGGGCAUGUCAUCUGAAAUGGUGUCCAAUGCGGCAACAUGACUGUACCUAUGAUAUUAGGGAUGAGGAUGAUGUAUUAUGAUGGCGUGUUUGUCCACAGGGUCGUGGAGUGAGCAGUGCCAAGAAGAAGCUGGAUGCUGCGGCGGCUGCGCUGGAUGACAAGGACAAGCCCUAUUCCUGUGACAGUGAGUCCCAGGGGGGUGCAGCAGAGCCUGGGAGGGGGAAAGUGGGAGUACAGAUGGGCUUUGCAGGGGGGGCUACUCUCUCUACUCCCUAGGAGCUCUCUUGCUGGGAAGUCUGUUGUUUUUAGCUCCUGAAAUUGUCAUCUCUUGCAGCUGAAACUCAGACACUCGGGUGCAUUGUUGAUGCCUUUCUGAUUCUCUGUCAGUCUGUGAGCGUACUUCUCUGAGUCUUUCAGUCUAUGCUCUCUCUCCCUUUUCUCUCUUUCAGACACUUUGAAACAAAAGCAUAUUUCAAAACCUUCUGGACGAGGUACAUUUCUGUCAUUCCUGUUUCCUCUGCCUCCAGUCCAGUCUGCUUACUGCCUGUUUGUUUCUCUCUCUGUGUGUGUGUUGGCUAAAAUGUAGAACACUUUGAGGUUAGUAGAACCCAUAGACUAGGCUAAAUGUUGCUGCCUCCCCCUCAUCCACUGAAUGGCUCUCAUUUUCAAGGUAAAAUUCAAUUGACUUGAAGUCAAAGUUAACUUGAUAGGGUGGAUUGUGAAUGUGUAGUGUAGAGAUGCAUUCUCUGUGCUUAAUUUCCACCUCACAGUUUAAGUAGCAGUGUCAAUUUGUAUUAUUUGAUCCUAAAUGACAUUUAGGCUACUCAACAGUAGUUUGUCUUCAGGAAUAUAUUGGCUCUGUAUUGCACACUUACUAUUACAUACACUACAGCCAAUGAACUGUUGGCGAUAUGUUGGUCAUAAUCGGGCUUUGUGUCUUGUCUCUUAAUUUAGUAUGUCUCGUUUGCAUUUCUUAGCUCCAUUACUUUUUCUUAUCUCAUCUGCAUCCUGUCCUGUCUCGUCCUCCUCACCUGUUUCUUUAGAGUAAAAUAGUGCCUCUGCUUUUGUUUUGAACCACCAGCUUGGGGCUGUGUGGAUCUUGGUGUGAGACUGCCUAUGCAAUGCCUGUGGGGGGGGAGGAAUGUUGUUGAGAGCCUUGUCCAUCCAGAAGAAUACUAACCUGGGUUCUGCACCAUGACCUUUGUGGCAGUCUGGGCUGCGAAAGGGGCAGGGAGCUGGGGCUGGGAGCUGACCUAGUCAGUAAUCUUGCACCUCUAGGUAUCAGCUGUAGAAAUGAGAGAGGGUGAUUGCAUGGGUGGAAGGAUUAAGAGAGUGUGGGAGAGAGGUAGGGAGGAAGUGUUUGGUCUGCUGGUCCAUCUUAUGCUAGACCUCACACAGGCCCUGAGGCUUGGGUAAAACACUGACAUCUUUGUUUCCAUGACUCUGACAAUCCCACCACAAAUCCAGCUAUUUAUAACCCUGGGUAUUAGGCUAGUCUAGACUCCCCAUACCAUUCCCAAAGCACCAUAGUUCUAGUCUGGCACAGGAGGUCAUCUUUAUUAAAGUUAUUAGUACUAAUCUAAGCUGUUUGGUCCAUUUAUUAAAACAGACUCCAUCAAGCUAAAAUGUAGGGUUUUGUCUGCUGAAAAGAUUCCUUCCAAGAAACAGAUCUAGCCUUCUCUGCUCCAGUUGAAAUUGAAUUGCACAAUUGUCAUUCAGGGCCACAGAUGGUCUAUCGCCUCCAGCUAUUGAGUGCAAAUUGAAAAGUCUGGAAACUAAAUAUGCUCUCAUCACUCUUCCAAGAUGAGCCAGUGCAGACUGAAGGAUGGGGUUAAGAGGGUAGAGGUGGACAGCAGUGUUGUGGACGUGCUGAAACUGGUUGACUAAGUGGGAGGAUGGACCAAACAGCAGGCCAUUGCAGAGGACAGGAGUGCAUGAAUAUGAUUUUCAGCAUCAGUAAAUGUCACGGCAAGGUCAGAUCCGAGCGAUUUAGGAAACAAUGUACUCUGACCUCGUAUGAAGGCUACUUAAUUGUUUACGUAUGUUUUGUUUUCACACGUGUUGUGUUUGGGGGUUUCUCUGGCAGUCUGUGGGAAGCGUUACAAGAACCGUCCGGGCUUGAGUUACCACUACACCCACUCCCACCUGGCUGAGGAGGAGGGAGAGGACAAGGAGGAGCCUGAGGUCCACACCCCCACUCCGCCCCAGCCUGAGGAGCCAAAGAGUAAGUGACCAGUCAUUGGUGACCAGUGAGGUCAUUUAUAGGUCAUUGGUUAGCCGUAGUAAGUCGAUGGCUGUCUUGCCUACUACUUACUAAAAAUACAUACUGUGUAUUAAUCGUACUACAUACUAUUUAGAACAUACUGUUUAGUAAAAAAUAAUGCAGUAAGCAACCACUAUCAACAUACUAGGCUUUCCCAUCCUGAGAAUGCGUCUUCUAAUACGCAAUUGUGUUGAUUCCCGCCAUUCGUUCAUUUGGGUACAUUGCGUGCCCUUAUCUCAUUAUCAGCUGUUGUCAAACACACGCAAGUCUGGAAAGAAUAUUCUCUUUCUCAAAAGUGUGCAGCAAAUUUUACUAGAUGAAAAGCCGAAAUGAGUAUAAAUGACAUCCUGGCAUUUAAAGCAUACUCGAUUUUCAAAAUUCCACAUACUAUAAAACGUCCUAUUUUCGCAUACCUAAAAUGCCUGCUACUUAGGUAUUUUGACACGGCCAAUGACCCUGGAUCCUUGUGCGAUUCCGGACCCUUGUUAAUCAAUAACCUUUGAAUGCAUGCUUAUACAUUGUUUUAUUCUGUGUCUCUCCCUCACAGCACCCAAGAAAGGUCCAGAUGGUUUGGCGAUACCCAAUAACUACUGUGACUUCUGCCUGGGAGACUCUGCCCUCAACCAGAAGACGGGCCAGUCAGAGGAGCUGCAGUCCUGCUCAGACUGUGGACGUUCAGGUAACCACUCCACCCCUGGCCUUUACCCUGAGAGACGGGGCUAACCUCGGCAUUUGAGCCGAUUUGUAUGAGCGUGCGUGAGUGGUAGACUUUACUUUAGGAUCCGUAUUGAGUGUGUUCAGACGCAUGAUGGCAUAGUUCCAAAGACCAGUAGUAAUGACAGUGGCAGACAGGGUUUGUCCUGUGAGACCCACUCUCUGUGUCCAACCCAGGCCACCCAUCCUGCCUGCAGUUCACCCCCGUGAUGAUGGCUGCAGUGAAGACCUACCGCUGGCAGUGCAUCGAGUGCAAGUGCUGCAACAUAUGUGGCACCUCAGAGAAUGACGUGAGUUCACCUGCAGGCUUCAUACUUAUUACUGUGGGAUAAAUUAAGUGUACUGUAUGUUUGAAAUAAGGUGGUACACUGAAAACUGCAUUGUAUAAUGAGCCUGUUGUCUUUUGUCCAGGACCAGCUUCUGUUCUGUGAUGACUGUGAUAGAGGCUAUCACAUGUACUGUCUCAGCCCCCCUAUGACUGAACCUCCAGAAGGUAAGAGCAGGAUGUGCAUGUGGAUGUGUCUGUUCCAUGAUGUUGGCUGAAAUGUGCUUUUUCACAGCCACUGCCCAAUUUGCCUGUCUAAUAAGGGAGGUUUGAGUCAACAGCUCUUGACAUUUUGGUAACGAGUGUUGUGGUUUUCUCUCCGUAGGGAGACAGAUUUAUCUCAGUACAUUUGGCAGAGCAGUGUCCAAGUAGAGCUCUCAGGCAGCGUAGCCAGACAACGAUAGCAUGGCCAGGUGUUUUACUGAUGAAUCACCUCUUUCAGCACUUUGCUAGCAUUUGAAAUGCUUAUUCAGUGCAAAGUAUUAGAGCACAAAAUAGCCUCUACCUUUAGACCCCAUGGAAGAAAGAGCAUAUUUAUUGGACUAAAAGUAUGUGAGUCAUUCACCACUCUGUUUCCUUGUGUCCUCUAACAGGGAGCUGGAGCUGCCAUCUGUGUCUGGACCUAUUGAAAGACAAGGCGUCCAUAUACCAGACCCGUAAUGCCCCUCCGUCGUGAUGGACCCCCAUCCUCACACACACAACCCUCCAUCCACAGUGAGGUUCUCUCUCAGUGGUCAGCAGAGAGGAUGGGGUGGGACAGAUGACCUGUGAAAAGGGAAGUGUACCUUACCAGCCCCCUGCUGAAACACGCCUAGGUUUGGUUGUUAUAUGACUGUUACACAGUUCCAAGCUCAAGUAACCCAUAGGCUUUUGUUUUCAACUAUUUGUCAAUAUAUCAAACUCAAUGUGUCAAUACCCUGAACUUGACAAUACAUCAAGUAUGUUUCCUUAAAAGUGGCUUAAACCACAAACGCAGCUUUUACCAGCCAAAAUACCUGAACACAAAGUACACACAAUCUCACAUACAGACACACAUACA